AUGCCAUUACUAAGUCCGGUAGCAUCACAUACAUUCAGUGCCAGAGAGGAGGUUCAGCAGACACAGUCAACGCGGACGCCACUGAACAUAAGGCCGCUGAAUAAGACUGCAAUUGGCGAAAUUACUCCAAUUGAUACGCUCUCAUCUCUUUCGGAACCGUCAACUCUUUCAGCAGAGUCAGAAUCAUCAGCAUCGGCUGUGGAAUUGGUACCAUCAAUAGCAGUAUCGGAAUCUGUCACCAAAGCACCGCUUUCUGAACCAGUGGACGAAGCAGUAACAUCAGCUUCAACUAGUGAAGUUCAAAAAUCAACAUCUUCUGGAGAUGAAAAUGCUCCAACUGUAGCUGGUGGAUCUGGUGAUGUGCAAAGCCAAGAACAGGAUCAUGGGCAUGAGCAUGAGCACGAGCACGAGCAUGAGCAUGAGCACGACGAUGAAAGUUUAUUUGUUGGCGAUAAAACGUUGUUCAGUCAGGAUAAUACCAUGAAAGCACUACAAGACUUCAGUACCACGCGUCCCGUUCCGGAAUUACUCACUCCACCUGAGGCAAGUAUUUGCCUUCAGCUUGUGGCUUUUUUCAAAUUUCAUGAGUGGCAGUGCCCUAACUGCCAUGAGGAAGCAUUCAUUGAAAAUAAUACUUUUAAUUGUUUGGAAGUUCAAAAGUAA